AUGUUCAAGUCCCUCCUUACCACGGGACUGUUGGCUGCGGCCGCCACGGCGCAGCAGACGUCAUCUUACGUCGAUGCCGCUUCCGGAAUCACCUUCCAGCGGUACGCCGAGACCUCAGGCUUCUCCUUCGGUGUCGCUCUGCCCUCUACCGUUGGCAAGGACUUCAUCGGCCAGAUUUCCGCCCCCGUCACCAAGGGUUGGGCCUCCGUUUCCCUCGGUGGUCCCAUGACCAACAAGAUCCUCGUGGUUGCGUGGCCCAACGGAGACUCGAUUCAGACCUCCAUCCGUAAGGCUAGCGGAUAUGCGAAUCCCGAUGUUGUCACCGACUCUGGCAUCACCCUGAAGCCUAUCGAGUCCGGCACCUCUAUCAACGAAACCGCUUUCACUUACACCUUCCUCUGCGAAGGCUGUAUCACCGGCGACGAUACUACAUUCAAGAGCACCGCCGACACCACCACCUUCGGCUGGGCUUACUCCACCACCGCGCUUUCCGACACCACCAGUGCCUCUGUCGCUCUCAACUACCAUGGCGCUGGUUUUGGCCUCUUCGGUGCCAACCUUGCUGAUGCCAAGUCGGCCGACUACGCCACGUGGGCUGCCAAGGCAUCGGAUGCUGUCACCACCCCCAGCACCGGCAACGGAACCACUCCUUCUGUCCCUGCCAACGUCACCACUACCAUCUCCAACACGACCUACGACUACAUCGUUGCUGGUGGUGGUGCUGCCGGCCUGAUUGUUGCCGAACGUCUGGCCGAGUCUGGCAAGAGCGUCCUACUGGUCGAGCGUGGCGGUCCCUCCCUUGCUUCUACCGGCGGCAAGGCUUCUGUCGACUGGAACGACACCGUUACCCAGUACGAUGUCCCCGCCAUGGGCUACUACCUCUCUACCGCCAAGGAGACCAGCGAGUACUGCACCGACACCGCUUCUAUGGCAGGCUGCAUUCUCGGUGGCUCGACCAUGGUCAACGCCAUGAUGUGGGUGAAGCCUCCUGCUCAUGACUUUGACGACAAGUGGCCCACGGGUUGGAAGUGGAGCGACGUCGAGGAGUCCGCCAACAAGCUCUAUGAGCGUACUCCGGGCACCAUCCAGCCCAGCAAGGACGGCAAGCGGUACGACCAGGGCGCUUACGAUGUCAUGUCCAAGUGGCUGGCCGGCAAUGGCUUCACCGAGGUCGACGGCCUCGCCGAGCCCAACAAGAAGGACUCUGUCUUCACUCACCCUCCCUGGUUGAUUGAGGAUGGUCUUCGCGGCGGUCCUGUUCGUGACUACCUUCCUCGGGCUCAGGCUUUGCCCAACUUCAAGCUCCAGCUCAACGCCAAGGUCAUUCGCACCGUCCGUAACGGCACCACCAUUUCUGGAGUUGAGAUUGAGACCGGCACGAAUGUUCGCCAGAUUAUCAACCUCAAGUCUGGCGGUGCCGCUAUCCUUGCCGCCGGUGCACUGUCCACCCCCCGUAUCCUGUUCAACAGCGGUAUUGGACCCAAGGAGCAGAUCCAGAUCGUCCAGAGUGGCUCUACUCAGGUCACUCUUCCCGCCGAGGCCCAAUGGAUCGAUCUCCCUGUUGGCGAGAACCUCAAGGACCACCCCAUCUUCACCGUCAACCUUCAGACCAAGUCUCCUCUCAACUCUCUGGCAAGCACUGCCUUUACCAACCCCUCUCAGACCGAUAUCGACUUGUUCGCUCAAGGGUCUGGUGUCCUUCACCAGGCUGGUCAGCGUCUGAACUUCUGGACAAGCGUCGAAGGAUCUGACGGGCAGAAGCGCUACGUUCAGGGUACCGUGAACUCCCCUAAGAACGACACCAUCAGGGUCAAGGUCUAUCUUACCCACGGUCUGACAUCAGUCGGUGCUCUUGGAAUCACGGCCGAUGGCUCCACCAAGUUUACGACUGAGCCCUACCUCACCACUACCGCUGACAAGGAAGCCAUCACGAGCUUCAUGAACCAGCUCAUUCAGUACGCUUCCAAGUCUAACAGCACCCUGACCCUGGCCGGCAACACCACCGCCGAGAGCCUCAUCUCGGAGUACACUACUGGAAGCCACUAUGUCGGCAGCGCCAUCAUGGGUACUGAGAACGACGGCAAGAGCGUUGUUGACACUCAGACUAAGGUUUGGGGCACUGACAACCUUUUCGUUGUCGAUGCUUCCAUUCAUCCGGACUUGCCUACUGGCAACACUCAGGCCAUCGUCAUGGUUGCCGCUGAACACGCCGCCGCCCAGAUCCUUGGCGCAGCUGGAAGCAGUACCAACACUGGUAAGGCAGGCUGCAAGCGCUCGAUAAGGGAUGCCCGGCGCCUCCAGCGCUUCCGCCGUGCUCACCGUGCCUUCUAA